AUGACAAAGCAUACAAUCCUCACUCUGGGACCCAUUAGAGCAUACCAGGAUGAGCUUAGGGCUCUAGAAGUCACCCAUGGAGCUACAGUCCUCCAGCUCGACAAGCCAACGCGCGAAGAGUUUCUCGAGGAAAUUGCCAGCGUUGCAAAGGAGCACAAAGUGACUAUCCUCUUGACGACCUACUCUCCUAUCCUCCGCAACUUGAACAAGGACUUUGUAGAGCCCCUUCUUCCCAGUCUGCGGCUCGUCGCUGGGAUUGGUUCAGGCUAUGAACACGUCGACGUCGACUUUCUUACCGCCCACGGCGUCUAUUAUUCAAAUACACCCGUUGGAGUUUCCGAGCCUACGGCGCUGACGACUGUCAUGCUUAUUCUCCAGACAGUCCGUGACGCCACUCAAGCCGCCGCAAAUGUUCGCAGUGGCCAAUGGAUCAACGGGCUCGGCUUCACGCCCGACGUGAGGGGCUUGGUCGUCGGUAUCAUCGGGAUGGGAAGGAUUGGUAAGCUGGUUCGCGACAAGGUGACGGCGCUUGGGAUGAAGGUGGUCUACUCGAACCGCAAACGUCUUCCAGAAGCUGAGGAAAAAGGGGCAACUUACCUCUCUUUCGACGAGCUUCUCCAACAGGCGCAGUUAAUCUCGAUCCACUGCCCUCUUACUCCCGAGACGCGUCAUUUGCUCUCCGACGAACAAUUUGCCAAGAUGCAAGACGGUGUGUUCAUCGUGAAUACUGCACGUGGAGCAGUGAUUGAUGAGGCUGCACUCGUUCGUGCCAUGCAAAGCGGAAAGGUACUCCGCUGCGGACUAGAUACGUUUGAAGAGGAGCCGAAAGUUCACCCUUGGCUCGCAGAAUCCAAUCGUGCGGCAUUGCUUCCUCACUUUUCCUGUUUCACGACGAGAAUCUUCCGAGACCUCGAGCUGGAGAUUUUGGAGAAUAUCGUUGCGUUUAUGGAGAAGGGGACCCCGAAUACGCCUGUCAACCAACCUCAGUAG